CCCGAACCCGAUGGUCUGUAUAGUUUUUAACGGUCUAUCUGAGUCAGGCUUUAAAUCUCGGAUAUCCGAAUCCAAAUUCUGGUCGGAUCGGAUCCGAUGAGCAUGUGUCGUACGAGCCAGGCAACACAGAGUGUAAUGAGCAAGAGCUGUGUGAGGCCCCACAUCUUCUGGGUCACUCAGGGAUGGGGUUGGUGUGGGGUCCCACGAUCGACCGUGAUCAAUGGCACGCACGAGAUCGAGGGAGCCUCCAUCCUAACCUUGUGCUGACCGGGUCGCAAACAGAGCCCAUAAACGACGCGGGCCUCCGCGGUCGCCUGCACCAGAUCAGAUAACCCUAACCCUCGCUCUUCUUCCAGCUCGAAGCCGCACUCAUUGCUCGAUCGACCGUCCCGUCUCGGCUCCUGGGAAUUGGGGGAAUCCAACCCCAACCCAUCUCCUCUCUCCCCCCACCUUCCCAGCCUCGAUCCCAAGCCCCGAAUCGACCCCACUGCACCGACCACGAGAGGAAGGACGCGAUCGAUCGAGCCCUAAAUCCAUCCUCCAUGGCCGCGCCCACCCCGACCCCAAUUCCCCUCGCCCAAAUCGAAUCGUCCACGGCUUCCCCUGCCGCUGCUGCGGUUGCUGCUGCUGCUGCUGCUGCUGCCGCCGCUCCUCCCCCGUCCAAGCUCCCCAUCAAGCGCAAGAAGACUCCCCAGCCACACUCCCAAGAACAGGCACAGCCCCACCUCUCCUCCCCCGACCCCCUCCUCGUUCCCGCCCCUUCCUCCUCCUCCUCGGAUCCACCCCUCGCCGCUGACCAGGGCUUCGACGAGGACGACGACUACGAUGAUGGCGACGACGACUACGGCGCCGCAGCGGCCGCCGGGUCACCCGCCCCGAUCGACGUGCGAGCCGGCGGGGCUUCGGCUGCCGCGGCCCCUCCCUUCCGGUUCCAGCGCGUGUGGUCGGAGUCGGACGAGAUCCGGUUCCUCCAGGGUCUCCUGGGCUGCUGGUCGCAGGGCCUGGUUUUCCCUCGCGACCUCAACCUUUUCUUCGACCGCUUCUCCGAGUCCAUGCCCCAGCCUUACACCCGGUCGCAGCUCUCCGAGAAGCUCCGCCGUCUCCGCAAGAAGUUCCGCGUCAUGUCCUCCCGCAUCGCCCGCGGCCAGGACCCCGCCCGCCUCGCCCCCCACGACCGCGACGUCCUCCACCUCUGCACCCGCCUCUGGCAUCCCUCCUACGCCGCCUCGUCCCCCUUUUCGGCCCCCGACGCCCUCGCCCCCGGCAGUGGCGGCAACAAGCGCCGCCGCCCCAACCCGCGGGCCCCCACUGGCCAGGCCCGCCCCGACAACCCGCCUCCCUUUCCCGCCCCUCCUCCUCCUCCUCCUCCCGCACCUAUCGCCACCCUAACACCUCCUCCACCCCUUCUUGCUCUUCCUCCUCCUACCGACGAAAAGGUGGCCUGCAUCGGUGCGGGCACCUCCGUGAACGCGCUUCAUCCUGUACUGGAAAACGAAGAAAAGGAGGUGAAGGUGGAGAAAGAGGAGAAGCCUCUGUCGGGGGUGGGUAGGGAUGAGGUUGCUCCUGGCAUCGAUGUGCCAAGGCAUCUGUUGGCGAAAACCAUCUUGGAUGUGUUUGAUGCGUGCCUCAACGAGUUCAAGGUGACCGUGGCAGGGCAGGGGCUCGUUUUCCCAGGCAGCUCUGCUUCGUCCGGUGCCGCUGGUAGGAGUGACCUGGAGCAGAGAUGGCGGGAGCAGCGGGUCACCGAGCUGGACGUCUUGGGCAGGCGCUUGAGGGACGAAGACGGAGCGCCUCCCACCAUGCGCCCAGGCAAGGAGUUCCCUUCCGGAAAAAAUGAUUGUCCCGUCAAGAUCGGACCAACGUAGUCGGCUACCUCAGUACUCUCAAGGGUAGUUCAGGAAGAUCCUUGCUCAUUCGGACCCGAACCCAGUCGUGUUGGUCCCGAGGCUUGACACUAACAACCUGUAUAUCCAUCCUAUUGAGAUACCGUGAAAACAUGUCACUUGUGUUCCAUCUUUGAACUUUUAUCGAAUGGAGAUGAUUAUGUGCAA